AUGGUUAUCCUCCCCACUAAGGAUAAUCUCAAACGAAGAGGGGUUCUUGAGGAAGAAUUAUGUUUCUUCUGCUGUCAAGAGAGGGAAACAGCCCACCACAUUCUAUGGGCCUGCCCAUCGGCACAAGACGUAUGGGGAUUAAGCAUCAGGAAGCUCCAAAAAUGUAGCUUGCAUUGCAGCACUAUUCUUACGUCCAAGGAGAUAUGGCAACGUCGAAAUUGUAUAUUGCAUGGGGGGAAGUUUACCCAUCCAAUUGUUGUUGCAAAUCUGGCCAGGGACCGCCUUUUACAAUUCUCUCAGGCAAACACUCUUGUGAUAAAUUGCGGAGACUUGGGGGCUGCAGAAACGAAGACAAAAUGGCAGGCUCCACCAGGCUUCUAUAAAGUCAAUUGGGAUAUUGCACUCUCAACCGUCAAUAACUGUAUGGGAAUUGGCGUGAUUGUACGGGAUGAAAGAGGCCACGUUCUAGCAGCAAAAAAUCAGACGAUCCAUGCAACCCAUGAAUCUGUCACCGGGGAAGCCCUUGCAGCUCUACACGCAGCAGAAUUCUGUCGGGAGUUAGGCUUUUUCGAGAUUCUGCUAAAGGGAGAUUCGAUGUCAGUAGUCAAGGCCAUUGGGGAGAAUACCCAAAACUGGUUAAAGUAUGGGCAAAUCAUGGAAGACACCAAGAUGGUUCUGAGAUCCCUCUGA